AUGACGAGGAAUACCGAUUUUUGGAUCAAAUAUCUUGAUAACCCUACGUUAUCAGUGCUACCCCACGAUUAUUUGAAGCCAGCAAAUAACAAAUCUGUUGAAGGAACUUAUGCGUUUAAAGUUCCCCAACCGGCUAAUGAUUUCCAAACAGGGUUAGCUGUCUUUGCCGCAUUGAUUUAUAGGUUAACUGGAGAUGAAGAUCUUGUUAUUGCCACGGAAGAGUCCGUGAACUCACCUUCUUUUAUUAUUAGGUUGAGUAUGACUCCCGAACUCGAAUUUCAACAAUUGUUGAGCAAAGUAAAAGAAGAAUUCACCAAGUGUGCUUAUCAAGUGAACUAUGAGAACUUGUCUGUCGUUAGUCAGAAAAUCAAAGCUGCUAAAAAAUUGGAGGAAAAUCCGGAAUUGUUCAAGGUUUCUUAUCAGCAUCAGAAUCGUAAUCAGCAGUUGAACACUUCGAUUGAAGGAUCAAUUCGUGACUUUGCAAUUUUCACUAAUGACUCAGAGUUCACUAUAUAUUACAAUGCUUUAUUAUACUCUAACGAAAGAAUCAAAAUAUUUGCCCAACAGUUUACUCAAUACUUGGCAGCGGCUUUGAAUGAUCCUUCGAUUGCCAUUACAAAAAUAAGUUUGGUUACUCCACUUCAGAAAAGUUUUUUGCCUGAUCCAACGUUAGAUUUAGAUUGGAGUGGAUACAGAGGUGCUAUCCAGGACAUUUUCCAAGAAAACGCUCAACAAUUCCCCGAGAGAACAUGCAUAGUGGAAACAAAAUCAUUUAUGGAUCGAAAUUCCAAAACCAGAUCAUUUUCGUACAAACAAAUUAACCAAGCUUCCAACGUGGUUGGAAAUUUUUUGAAAUCGACCGGAAUCAAAAAGGGGGACAUUGUGAUGAUAUAUGCUUAUCGUGGUGUUGAUCUUGUGGUUGCAGUUAUGGGUGUUUUGAAAGCUGGUGCCACUUUCUCAGUAAUUGACCCUGCUUAUCCACCGGCAAGACAAAACAUUUAUUUAUCUGUUGCCAAACCAAAAGGAUUAAUCGUUUUGGAGAAAGCGGGCAUUUUGGAUAAGUUGGUAACAGACUACAUCAAGGAUGAACUUGAUGUGGUUACGAAAAUACCCCAAUUGAGAAUUGAAGAUGACGGACAUUUGCUUGGUGGUUUCUUGGCCAAUUCUGAUAAAGAUAGUCUUGCCGAUUAUGCCGUUUACAAAGAUGAGCCUACCGGGGUUAUAGUUGGACCAGAUUCAAAUCCCACAUUAUCAUUCACUUCUGGAUCAGAAGGUAUACCAAAAGGUGUAUUGGGACGUCAUUAUUCACUAGCUUAUUACUUUCCUUGGAUGGCUAAAAGAUUUGGAUUGAGCGACAAGGAUAAAUUUACAAUGUUAUCUGGUAUUGCACACGAUCCAAUUCAAAGAGAUAUGUUUACACCAUUAUUUUUGGGUGCUCAAUUAUUGGUGCCUACUGCCGACGAUAUUGGAACCCCAGGUAAAUUAGCUGAGUGGAUGGCAGCAUAUGGUGCAACAGUGACACAUUUGACUCCAGCUAUGGGUCAAUUAUUGAGUGCACAAGCAACAACUGCUAUUCCCUCUCUACAUCAUGCAUUUUUUGUUGGUGAUAUCUUGACUAAGAGAGAUUGUUUAAGAUUACAAACGUUGGCAGAAAACGUCUACAUCGUGAACAUGUAUGGUACCACUGAAACUCAAAGAUCAGUGUCGUAUUUCGAGAUUACAAGUAGAAAAUCAAAUCCAACUUAUUUAAAAAACUUGAAAGACGUUAUGCCCGCAGGUACCGGUAUGCAAAAUGUGCAAUUACUAGUUGUUAAUAGAAAUGAUAGAUUGCAAACAUGUGGUGUUGGAGAAGUUGGUGAAAUUUAUGUGCGUGCUGCCGGGUUGGCUGAAGGGUACCGUGGGUUGCCUGAAUUGAAUGCUGCUAAAUUUAUUACUAAUUGGUACGUUGAUCCAAGCAAAUGGAUACAAAUUGAUAAACAAAAAGAAAACAAGAAUGAACCAUGGAGGAAAGAAGGGUGGUUGGGACCACGAGACAGAAUGUACAGAUCCGGUGAUUUAGGUAGAUACUUACCAGAUGGAAAUGUUGAGUGUUGUGGAAGAGCGGAUGAUCAGGUAAAAAUUAGGGGGUUCAGAAUUGAGUUGGGUGAGAUUGAUACACACUUAUCUCAACAUCCAUUGGUUCGAGAAAAUGUAACUUUAGUUAAAAGAGAUAAAAAUGAAGAGCCAACCUUGGUCUCAUACAUUGUACCCAAGGAUUCACCAGAGUUGGCAAACUUUAGUUCUCAAGUGGACGAAACUGCCGAGGAAGCAAACGAUCCAAUAGUCAAAAGCUUAGUGGCAUAUCGUGAGUUGAUCAAAGAUAUCAAAGCUUAUUUAAAAAAGAAAUUGGCAUCCUAUGCUAUUCCCACAAUGAUUGUACCAUUAGUUAAACUUCCUUUGAAUCCCAAUGGUAAAGUUGAUAAACCAAAAUUACCAUUUCCAGAUACUGCUCAGUUGGCAGCUGUCUCAAAAUUGAGUACUUCAACUAAAGAUAUAGAGGCUGCGGAAAAUGAAAAGUUGAGUAAUUUAGAAAGAGAGAUUAAAGAUCUCUGGCUUGAAGUUUUGCCUAAUAAACCAGCGACUAUCUCCAAAACAGAUUCAUUUUUUGACUUGGGUGGCCAUUCUAUCUUGGGAACUAGAAUGAUUUUUGAAUUAAGGAAGAAAUUAAACGUUGAAAUUCCACUUGGUGUUAUUUUUAAAAAUCCAACUGUUGAGCAAUUUGCAAAGGAAGUUGAAAAAGUGAUUCAAGGUGGCAAAGAUUUUGAACUAGCUGAUGGUAAGAGCAAUGCAAAUGCUGGAACAACCGGUAAAGAAGAAGAUGCUGCAAAAGAUGCUACCGUUGACUACGCAGAGGAUGCCAAAUACCUUUCACUGACUGCUUUGAAGGCCAAUUAUCAAUCUUUGGAGAAGUUAGACCAAACCUCAAUUAACGUGUUUGUUACUGGUGUUACUGGAUUUUUGGGCUCUUUUAUUAUUCGUGACUUGUUAGAGUUUAGAAGAGAUAAACUUGACAUUAAAAUCUUUGCUCACGUUAGGGCUCUGACAAAGGAAAGUGGUUUGGAGAGAAUCCGCCAAACUGGAAAAACAUAUGGUAUCUGGAAUGAAUCUUGGGUCGAUAAAAUCGAGGUAGUUUUAGGUGAUUUAUCUAAAGAAAGUUUUGGAUUAGAUAAAACAGCUUGGACUCAAUUAACUGAGACCAUUGAUGUAAUUAUCCAUAACGGAGCUUUUGUGCACUGGGUCUAUCCUUACUCACAGUUGCGUGAUGCAAAUGUUUUGAGUACAAUAAAUGUGUUGAACUUGGCUGGCGAAGGAAAAGCCAAAUGCUUUGCUUUUGUAUCAUCGACAUCUGCCUUGGACACGGAUUAUUUUGUUAAUUUGUCGGAUGAACUUCUCCAACAGGGCAAGACAGGAAUACUUGAGAGUGACGAUUUACAAGGAUCCUCGCGAAACCUUGGAACAGGAUAUGGUCAAUCAAAAUGGAGUGCAGAAUACAUUAUACGUCGUGCUGGAGAACGUGGAUUGCGUGGAUGUAUAAUACGGCCCGGGUAUGUUACAGGUUUUACGGAAACUGGUGCUUCCAAUACCGACGAUUUCUUACUUCGAAUGUUGAAAGGAGCAACGGAAUUGGGCUUAUAUCCAGAUAUCACCAAUAAUGUGAAUAUGGUUCCGGUUGACCAUGUAGCUAGAGUUGUCACAUCAACGGUAUUGAAUCCACCAAAGUCAGACGAAUUGGUAGUUGCUCAUGUUACGGGACAUCCUCGUAUUCAAUUCAAUGAGUAUUUAGGAAGCUUGAAACAAUAUGGUUAUGACAUUUCACCAGUAGAUUAUCCGCAAUGGACAAGUGCCUUGGAAAAUUUUGUUGUUGAAAAGAGCAAAGAAAGUGCCUUAUUCCCAUUAUUGCAUUUUGUAUUGGACAAUUUACCCCAGGAUACAAAAGCGCCAGAAUUAGACGAUACUAAUACUAAGGAGUCAUUGGUUAAGGAUGCAAAACUUACUGGAGAGGACAAGAGUAAAGGAAGCGGAGUGACUGUUGACUUGAUGGGUGUUUAUAUAAGUUACUUGAUCAAAAUUGGAUUUUUAUCAAAGCCUAGUGGUAAGGGAGAAAAACAAUUACCACAAGUCAAGUUGAGCGAUGUAACAUUGAAUUUAAUCAAGCAAGGUGGUGGUUCAAGAGCUUCUGCUGCAAAAUAG